AUCUGCGCCACCCGACUCCGGAGACCCUGGGUUUGGAGUGGGAAGUGAGGUGUGGGAAGUCCGUCGCUUUCUGAUGAAUUCAUUGGCUGUGCAAUUGGGAUCAGAGGGCACUCUGGCCCCAAGGAGGCUGGUGCUUGCACUCUAAAGUCCCUUCUCAGGUGGACUGACAGUGCGACAGAUUUGUCUGCCACGCGUGCACAUUCUUAGUACAGGUAUGGAAACAAGUUUCAUCUCUCAUGUCAACUCUGGUUGAUUGGUAGUCAUUUCCUGCAACAGUGUGUGGAAAAUUCUGAAGCUACAUUUGAACGUUGCAUGAAAUUGAAUUAGUUCUCCAUAAUGGGAAGAACCUACAUUGUAGAAGAGAAUGUUGGCCAGUAUCUUUUAAACAUCAAUCUCCAAGGAAAGGCUUUUGUCUCUGGUCUUUUAAUAGGACAGUGUUCUUCACAAAAGGAUUAUGUGAUUCUUGCCGCUAGAACACCACCCAAAGAGCAACAAAAUGAGAACCUAAAACAUUCCAAAGCUAAGUUGGAUAACUUGGAUGAAGAAUGGGCCACAGAACAUGCCAACCAGGUAUCCAGAAUGCUACCAGGGGGACUUUUAGUUCUUGGAGUAUUUAUUAUUACAACUGUAGAAAUGGAAAAUGAUUUUCAAAAUGCCCUGCACAGACUAGUAUUUGCUGUGGAAAAAUCUAUGAAUAAAAAGAGACUGUGGAAUUUCACAGAGGAGGAAGUCUCAGAACGAGUGACACUUCACAUUUGCUCUUCUACAAAAAAAAUACUUUGUCGAACUUAUGAUAUCCACGAUCCAAAGAGUUCAGCGAAACCAGCAGAUUGGAAGUAUCAAAGUGGACUAUUAACUUCAUGGCUUUCUUUAGAGUGUACAGUUCAUAUUAAUAUUCACAUCCCACUAUCUACUACUUCUGCAAGCUAUUCUCUGGAGAAAAAUACAAAGAAUGGACUUGCACGUUGGGCCAAGCAAAUAGAGAACAGUGUUUAUUUGAUUAAUGGACAAGUUAAAGCUGAAGAUGGUGACCUACUAGAAGGACAGAAAAAAUCUCGAGGAAAUGCUCAAGUGACUAAUCCUUUUGAUGUCAGAGUGCUGACGCAAUUGCUUCUGAAUUCCGACCACAGAUCCACAGCCACAGUCCAGAUCUGCAGCGGCUCUGUAAACCUUAAGGGUGCUGUGAAAUGCAGAGCUUACAUUCAUAGCAGUAAACCCAAGGUGAAAGACGCAGUGCAGGCAGUGAAGAGGGAUAUAUUGAAUACUGUUGCUGAUCGUUGUGAAAUACUUUUUGAGGAUCUGCUUUUGAAUGAAAUUCCAGAAAAAAAAGAUUCUGAAAAUGAGUUCCACAUCCUCCCUCACCGAGUUUUUGUCCCCAUUCCGGGAUCCACUGUAAUGUUAUGUGAUUAUAAAUUUGGCGAUGAGUCAGCUGAAGAAAUCAGAGACCAUUUUAUAGAGAUGUUAGAUCAUAGGAUUCAAAUUGAAGAUUUGGAAAUUGCAGAGGAAAUCAACACAGCUUGUGUGAGUUCCUCUAUGAAUACUGAAGCUUCAUUGGACAACACAGACGAUGAACAACCAAAACAACCAAUUAAAACUACAAUAGUAUUGAAAAUUCAGCACAACAUAGGUGUGAUUGCAGCAUUUGCAGUUGUGGUCAUUGCUGCGGGUAUUUCCUUUCAUUACUUCAGUGAUUAGGGUGAGGCACAGAGAGCUUCCUGAUCAUCCAGAGAAUGCUGACCAACGAUUAUGAAUAAUAAAGAUGCAAACAAUCCAUCUGCAUUUAACACAGUAGCAGCCAGAUCUGCUGCCAUAAUGCCUAUUAGGUGUGUUUCUGACUAGAAUGAAAUCACCAACUGCCUUGUUUAGCCCUGCUUAUAUUGUAGGUGGCUCAGGCUUCCAAAAAUAAAGUUAUGCAUCUAGAUGGAA